CAAAUACUCCAAAUCUCAAGGAUAAGCUGUUUGAGAAUUUUGAGGAUAUACAGAUGGUAUGCAGAGACCAUGGCGCUUCUGGCAAAGGAGCUAUAGGUUUAGGUCCUGAUGGCUUGGAUGAAGCACGCUUAGAGGAAGUGGUUGGGGAGGGCAUACUUGGUGCUGAUGCUGAGAUAGAAUCUUUAGAUGGAGGAGAAGCUACUGUAGAUAUGCAACCUGCUACCACCAUUCCCACUGACAAUGUGCCAGGUUUUGGUUCUGGACCAUCCACUUUGAAUAAUGGUAAACGACGACGUAGGUCAAUUGGUACUGCAGCCACAUCCUCUGCAAGUUCCCAGUUAUCGUUGCAAGAGGUAGGAGAGGGAGUUGUCACUAUAGGUAAAGCUUUUCAUGAGUUAGUUGAUGAGUUGAGGAAGAUAAGAAAAGGUCGAAAUAAAGAAUGGGUUGAUGCUGUUAUGUCUACUUCUGAAUUGACUAAGCCACAAAAAUGGAAUAUUCUCAGUGACAAUAUCCCACAAGACAUGAAGGAUGCCUUUAUUGACAUGGAUGCAAAAGACCGUUAUGAGUUUCUACAUUUUAGGUUGACCGGUGAGAUAUUGAAUGAUGGUAAGGAUGGGACUCAAGCCAAUUCUGAUUCAAAUGGUGAAUAUUAUGAUUCUGAUUUCUUUGGAGAUGUUUAGAGGCGGUAAUUUAGGAGUUUAGGUUACUUCUAUAUUUUUUUAGCAUUUGUUAUGGUGUUAGGAUUAUGUGGAAUUUCGUAUUGUCAAACUAUUUUUCAUUGAGUAGGUGGAACUUGGGAUAAUGUCAUAUUUUUUCGAUUUGGAAAGUAUUUUUAGGAUCAGUUUCAUUUCAAUUUGUCAAAACUAUUUAUUUUUAGGAUAUUGCUAUGCUUUUGUUUAUUUGUUUAUAUUAUGUUCUUAUGUUAUUUGACUUGUCAGCUAUCCUAGUUUGGUGCAUUUAAUGGAUGAAUUUUCUAUAUGUAUCAUCCCAACAAAUGAUUCUUGUAUGUUGUGUAGAUGAGAGUAGAGCAAUAUUAUGUUUUCUUCUAUUUUUCAAUAGUUUGGUGAUUAACAAUUAGCAUACACGUCAACAUUUUUUAUUGAUUGCUACUUGAUGUAGAGAGA